AUCGAUUUACCGACUUUUCUUGCAGAAAGUCGAUUGUUCGAAAAUUUAUUUAUAGAAGGCACCCUAUUUUAAGCGUUUUUUGUAUCAUAUGUAUUAAGUCAGUCUCAAAGAGUUGAUAUUACUGGUUAUUAAAAUAAAAACAAUACGAAACAGAAAUAUUGAGUGUAUUAAUAUUAUUUAAAAUGAAUCCAUUAACAAAUAUGAAAAAUGUAUUAAAGCUCAGUGAACUUGAGUUGAAGGAUACAAAAGGAAAAGGAUCUUGGCAUGAUAUGUAUAAAGAUUCGGCAUGGAUCUUUGUUGGUGGCUUUCCAUAUACGUUGACUGAAGGUGAUAUAGUUUGUGUGUUCUCUCAGUACGGAGAAAUAGUAAAUAUAAAUUUAGUACGCGAUAAGGAUUCUGGAAAGUCAAAAGGAUUCUGUUUUAUUUGUUACGAAGACCAACGUUCAACAAUUUUAGCGGUGGACAAUCUAAAUGGUAUAAAGGUUUUGGGACGAACUCUUCGAGUGGAUCAUGUUGCCGAUUACAAACCACCUAAAGAAAAUAAUAAAAUGGAUGCCGAGACGUUACAACUUUAUAUGGAAGGAUGUGCCCCUAAACCUCAUUUAUUGAAUAAUAUAAAAACUUCAAAUGGUAAAAAAUCAAGUUCUAACUGAAUAAUAUUACUUUUACUAUUUAAGUUAAAUAAAUAUUGUAAUUAAUAUGACAUAUUUUGUAUAAGUAAUACAUAACUUUUAAAAACGAUGUCUUCCGAUCUGGAGCAAAAAAAAAAAAAA